UCAAAAAUAUAUUUAUUAUAUGAGAUUUAGAAAUAUUUUGCAGACAGGAUGGGACCUCUCAGCUGCAACAUACAAAUUAGAAGCAGCCUUAAAGAGCGACAUGUUGUUACGUGACCCAGAUCACACAUUAGUGGUUUCUUUUGCAACUUUAUAUGAAAACCAUUUGCUUACAUUGCAUAGUCUUACUGUGCAACAGGCCGUGCUGGACUAAUGAAUCUCUCUUGCUUUAAAGAGGAUUACUGUUCCUUCUGCUUAGCUUAGUUACUUCAAAUUAGGAUAAGGGUGAGGACAGGUCUGCUGUCUCCAGCAGCCAUCUGUCUGUGGACAGUCGAGCGCUCACGCUGCUGUAAAUGGAGACAAGCCUGGAGUUGGAUGUUUUGAUAUUCCCAGAUGAAGUGAGGCUUGUUACUCCGGAGGAUAUCGCAGAAUGGGAACUUGAGACUGCGAGCCAGGUGUCUUUACCCACCCCGAGAGUUUUUGUGGCUCUUUACCCAUACAACCCUGCUGCAAUGUCUCCAAACUACGAGACGGCUGCAGAGGAGCUGCCUUUUGUUCCAGGCCAGAUAAUCAAGGUGUAUGGAGACAAAGACGAUGAUGGUUUCUAUCACGGGGAGUCUGGUGGUCUCUCCGGUUUUGUGCCAAGUAACAUGGUGGCUGAAGUCCCGGUGGACGAUGAGCACCUGAAGCAACUCCUCAUGCAGCAGGGAUUCAUCCCUGUGGACCACACAGCAGGUUCAACAACAGAUCUGAGCGAGGCGUCGAGCAUCCCUGAUGAUUUGAUAGUUCAACGAAUGGUGGCCUUAUUUGACUACGAUCCGUGGGAAAGUUCACCCAACAUGGACAGUGAAGUUGAACUUGGCUUUCGUUCAGGAGACAUCAUAUACGUCAUAGGUGAAAUGGAUCAAGACGGAUUUUACUACGGGGAUCUGUGUGGACGGCGAGGUCUGGUUCCCUCAAACUAUCUGCAGCCGUUACCCUGGGAUUAGAAAUAAAUGCCACACUAAGAUGUUUGCAACAGAUGCCAAGUCUCAGACACAGUGAGAAAUCAGCAGUUUUUAUCUGAAACAACAGUUUGAUGAACAUUUUAUGUGUCAAAACUUACUUACUUACUAACUUUUUAUUAUACUAUGGCACUACACCUGCAUUCGAUUGCAAAUAAAUGAGGGUCUAAGUCUCAUAUCCAUAAUAUGAGAUCUACUACUACUAAUCUACUACCAGUAUAACAAGUUUUGUUUAGGAUGGUGCAAAGUAAAACAAGUUCUCUUCAUGCAUUUAUCAGAUGAUUCAUUUAUUGAAACAUUUGCAUAAAAAUUACAAACCACGUGGUGACACAACACAGAAAAUCACAAUCACACAUCUUUAAAAAUCAUUUAAAAAAUGAACUCAUAUAUUCACAUUUUUCUACAUUUUCUUCUACUUUAUGCACUUAACACAAAAGGCUGCGCAUGAUACAUCUAUAAUAAUACUAUAAUAUGAACAAACUGUAAUAAUUUCAGUCAUACCUGAUGGCAAUGGAUACAUUAUUUUAGCCUUAAUACACUUUUUAGUCUCAGUUUUUUGCAGACCAGAGUGUUUUAAUAUAGCACGUCUAUAUUUGCCUUAUAUCCUGUUUAUAUAUAAUAGUUUUUUUUUAUCUUAGAAAAUUAUUUUUAGUUUUUGAGUUUUGCAGCAAUUUGUAUGUAAAAUAAUUCUUUGUCUAAAGAAUAAAUAUUGUAAUCAUGUUAUCAAUGUAUCAAAAACUGUAAAGAAACUGAAAAUAAACUUAAAUUUGCACAAUGCUUACCUGCUUUCAUUUACUACAGAUCUCAGCUACUUGUUUGUACUGGUAUAUGAUUUUACUAAAUUUCUAUUUAUCAUUAUCUUGUCAAUUUAUCUGAAAUAAAUUAAUUAACACAGUUCAAUGACAGAGUUUUCAUGAUGGUUCCUACAAGUUUUUAAAAAAUCUUUCAAACAGUCCGUUGGUUUCUUCUUUUAUAAUUCUCUGCAGCCAACAGUAUACUCAUCCAUAAAGUAGGAAACACUACACUGUGUAGUGAAGUUUAGUAGUGCUUUCUACUUUAUGGGUGACAACACUGUACAUCAGAAGUUUCUGGUCGCUCCACCGCAAACACUGGAGACAUGACGGGUUGAGUAAAAGCAAGUUUUUACAAACUGAAUGUGACAAAAGAACAUUUUUAAAAACAUUUUACAACUGAUAAACAUAAAAACAGAGUAUUUAACAGUAAUAUGAUGAAUAUAAAUGACACAAAGUAGUAAAUGUUACAUAUUUUAGUUCAUUUUACUUACAAAUACAGAUAUAAUAAAUACAGAUAAAACAAAUAAAGGUAGCAACCAUGAUAUAAUAAAAAAAAAAUGUUACUUGCUGUUGGGGUCUUACCAGCACUUGG